AUGCCGGCCCGAGGAUGCGCCCAGCCGGGCCCCGGUCCAGCUCCGGCUGAGCCCCGGGAGACGCGGACCUGCCGCCGGUUCUGUCCCCGGCCGUGGCGCCCGGUGCCAACCCCCCUGCCCUCUGCCUCCCAGUUCUCCUUCCUGAUGACAGAAGCCCUGCUGAUCUUCUCCCCGGAGACCUCGCCGCUCCGCUCCUUCUCCCGCAAAGUCAAAGUGCGGGUGCACUGGGCCCUCCAGCUGCUCGCCCUCCUCUGCGCCCUCCUGGGGCUGGGUGUCAUCACCUACAACAAGCACCUGAACGGCAAGGCCCACUUCGUCACCUGGCAUGGCCUGACGGGGCUGCUGACCGUGCUGUACACCGGUGGGCAGUGUGCAGGUGGGCUGCUCCUGCUCUACCCCAAGCUGAUGAAGAACUGGACGCUGGCCAAGCUCAAGCUGUACCAUGCCACCUCGGGGCUGGUGGGCUAUCUGCUGGGCUGUGCCAGCCUGAUGUUGGGCAUGUGCUCCCUGUGGUUCACCGCCUCGGUGACCAGCGUCUCCUGGUACCUUGCCAUGCUGUGUCCCCUUCUCACCAGCCUGGUUAUCAUGAACCAGGUGAGCAACGCUUACCUGUACCGCAAGCGGAGCCAGCACUGAGGGCCUGUCGUGAAUCCGAACUUUCCCUGUGUGAGCUGGCAAGGCUGGGGCUCCCCCCUGCAGUCCCCCCUGUCGGGGUCCCCUGCUCGCACAGGGUCUCCUCGGUACUAGAUUUCUACCUACUCGUCUCUCGUUAGCCCUGGAUUGUCUGUAGUGUCUUGUCCCCAGGGAGCGGCUAUGAUAUGUGUGACACUGACUGGGCAGGAGCUGCCCAUCUCGUCCCUGCCUCGGUGGGGACGUUUCCCAGUACAGGUAAUGCUGCUGGUUCCCACAGCAGCCUGGUGCUCAGUGCUGGGAACUGGAAGGUUCACUCAGGAUUCCUGCUCCUUUUCCCUCCCCUUGCCACCUGGGGCUGCUUUGGAGCAGGCAGGACAGGAGCUGUCACAUUCCUGGUGAGGAGGGCAGGGGGUCCCCGCUCACCUGGGAGGCUGCAGCGGGCACCGCGCUGCCCCUCCUGCCACAAAGGCAGCUUGGCCAGUGAAAGCACACAGCACGGUUAUGGCUUCAGCCUGGCUGAAGCAGGGUGGCAGCACCCAGGGCACCUGUCCCCACAGUGCAGCCCCACACAGGGACCUGGGGGCUUCCUGGGACUGGUGCUGUCAGCCCUGCCCGAUCGAUGGCUGUGGAUCUGGGCACCCAUCACCACGCACAAAUCCUUCCUGCAGGCUAGGACAGCAAAGCUUCAGCUUGGCAGGAGGUGGGAGUCGUUUUACAGAGCAAAUUACCAAGCUGGGCUGCACACCAGCAGCCUGUGAAGGCGGUUUUGUCCUUCUGAGGGGCACAGGGAACAAUGCAAGCAGGGCAGGGGGAGCAGGGCUCAGGGUGAGCCCCCAAGCCAGCCUGUGAAACAGCCCUUGGGAAGGCAGAAAGCAACCUCCUCGCCUCUUGCCUCGCCAUCGUAACAGCCUUCCUUCCAGCCUGCCCACCACCAGGGCAGCUGGGCACUGUGGGGCUCUGACUGCCACAGCAGCCCCAUGGCUCCUCCUUGGCAUGUAUCCUGCUCUCGGCAGGGCCAGAGAGCUGGGAGGGGCUCCUGGGCUACGAAAUUCCUCUGUAUCUAGAGCUUUUAUUGAAUAAAUAUUUCAGGCAGCUACAGUGCGACAAGCCCUCUUUACUGCCCGGGGGGGGCUUGUGGGGCGUGGGCAAACAUCCCACCUCCUCCCCCUUGCAAAGGGUUUCUCCCGACCUGCUGGGAGCACCUAGGAAGAAAUCCCCUCCCCAGGCUCCUGCACAAGAGCCCCCAGGGCUCUGUGCCCAGCCCCCCCACCUUGCCCAUGCUCUGCUGCAGGAGCCAACUCUUUCGAAGAACUCUUUAUUGAUACUGAAAUGUCUGUGGUGGUGUUGUUUUUUUUUUCUCCCCUGGCUGACAAAACCUUCUUGUGUGGUCCUUUAAAAAAAUAAUCAUGACGCCAUCGUCCUGUGUCCCAGGCUGGGGACUGCCCAGGGGAUCAGGAACUGUGAGGAGGCUGUUGCAGGUAGCAUCCUCUCCAUCCAU